AAUAUUCUAUAUUCAAGCAAAGCUAUCUAUUUGGAUAUUUUAAUAUUUUAAUAUUUCCAGCAAACAUUCGACGUACAGAUCUCUCAAUAAACCCAGAUUUUUUCUUGUUUUCGUUUUUCAUAACUUUUUUUUGGAUUGGCGAGUUUGUGACGAAUGGUAUGUGAAAGAAUAUAGGCAAAUGGGCUCCAACAAGAUUUUGAAUUCCGACACUGUUUCUGGUGAUAGAGCGAUGUCGAUCUCAGGACUUCGUGAAAAGCACCAACAAGAUUUAGAAAACUUGACUCUGACUUCACAGCCUUUCAAGACAUUAAAGCUCUUUGUUCUUGCUGUAAGGCAGUAUAUAAGAAAAUCUGUAGCAUAUAUGCUAACGCAUGCCGGUUGGUUAAUCCUGUUGAGUGUUCUUGUUGCUGCCAUUGGCACACUACUCGUGACUGUUGAGGGUCCUCAUGGGAAGCAUGUCGAGGAAAUUCAGCGUUAUGUGCAAUUUGUACUGUGGUGGGUGGCCCUUGGAGUUGCAUCUUCUAUUGGACUUGGAUCUGGAUUACACACUUUUGUUCUCUAUUUGGGACCUCAUAUUGCAUUCUUCACAAUUAAAGCAAUAAAAUGUGGCCGAGUAGACAUCAAAAGUGCUUCAUAUGACACAAUACAAUUAAAAAAAGGCCCUUCAUGGCUUGGAAAGAACUGUGCCGACUUUGGGCCCCCAUUGUUUCCACCAUCAGACGGUGUACGUAUCCCACUGAGUAGCAUAUUGCCCCAGGUCCAGUUGGAGGCCAUUCUAUGGGGCUUCGGGACUGCACUUGGUGAACUUCCCCCAUACUUCAUUUCAAGGGCAGCUCGUUUGUCAGGUAACACAGUGAAUGCCGUGGAAGAAUUGGAUGCUUCCUCCGCAGAAGAUGAGGGAUUUUUAUCAACUCGUCUGAAUCAAAUAAAGCGCUGGUUUCUGUCACAUGCUCAAUAUCUGAACUUUUUUACAAUCCUCAUUCUUGCUUCGGUGCCUAAUCCUUUAUUUGAUCUAGCGGGAAUAAUGUGUGGACAGUUCGGAAUUCCUUUCUGGGAAUUUUUCUUGGCAACGGUGAUAGGCAAAGCAAUUAUCAAGACUCACAUUCAGACAGUGUUUAUCAUAUCUGUUUGCAACAACCAACUGCUUCAUUGGAUGGAAAAUGAACUGCUUUGGCUGUCCAGCUUUGUACCUGGUUUCAGCAACAUUAUGCCUAAGCUUAUCGCUAAUCUUCACUCCGUGAAAGACAAGUACUUGUCCACGAAACCUGAGCCUCCUCCUACAAGUGUCAAGGCGGCCAACUGGGAUUUCUCGCUGACUUUUAUUUGGAACACCGUGGUGUGGAUAAUGCUGAUGAACUUUUUCGUAAAGAUUGUGAAUUCAACUGCACAGGGGCAUCUAAUGAAAGAGCAAGAUCAGGAAAUUGCUGCAUUGAAGAACAAAUCGUCGGAACCUUCUAACAACUAAUUAUUCAUAUUUUCCAUGAAUUUUUCUUCUAUUUUUUUUUAAAUUUUUCAUGGUUCUCCAGGACUCUAAUAAUUAGGUUUAUUGGUUAGGACAUUUAUACACAAUCACAUUGAAAAGCCCUCUGAAGAAAUUGUACAGGAAUUGCAGGAUUUUUAGUAUGAGGGAGGGUUGAGACCUAUUCUUUUUUGGGUUAUGUAAGAAAGCAUUUUUGCUUCUA